AUGAGUGAGCUAAUGGUUCCACAUGAAGGACCUAUGUGCGAUCUCUUGUGGUCUGAUCCAGAUGACCGAUGUGGGUGGGGAAUAUCUCCAAGAGGAGCUGGCUAUACUUUCGGACAGGAUAUUGCUACUCAGUUCAACCACACCAAUGGGCUAACUCUGAUUUCAAGAGCCCACCAGCUUGUCAUGGAAGGUUAUAAUUGGUGUCAGGAGAAGAAUGUGGUGACUGUAUUUAGUGCUCCAAAUUACUGUUAUCGGUGUGGGAACAUGGCUGCAAUACUAGAAAUCGGGGAGAACAUGGAGCAGAAUUUCCUUCAGUUUGACCCAGCACCUCGGCAGAUUGAGCCUGACACCACACGCAAGACUCCUGAUUAUUUUUUGUGA